AUGUUUCAGAAUAUUUCAAGAUUAUACUUGAAACUGUAUAAAAGAAACAUACCUACAAGGUGGUUUCAUAUAUCAUAUAGACUAUCAAAUGAUAUACCUUCAACUUUUCAUCCUGAAAAAUAUGAAGAAUUUAAAGAUAAAGGUUUAAUUGAUGCAAAAAUAUUACAGUCCUUGCGUAGAAAUAAUUUCAUAAAUUUAACUCCAAUUCAAAAACAAGCAUUAGGUCCAAUAAUAAAUACAGAAAAAGGAAUUGUUUGUAGAGCUAAAACUGGUACUGGUAAAACUUUAACUUUUAUAAUACCUACAUUAAAUGAAAUUUUGAAAAAGAGUAAAUCCAAGCAUGUGGAUACUUUGAUCAUUGUUCCAACUAGAGAUUUAGCAUUUCAAAUUUAUGAUGAAUAUAGAAAAAUUAUUGAUAAAUUACCUGGUAAUAAUCCAAGACAAAAACCAUCAAUAGGUAUGGUUAUCGGUGGUAGUCAAAACAUUUUCAAUCCGAGAUUCCCACCUGAAAUUGUUGUUGCAACUCCUGGUAGAUUAGAAGCUAAUUUAACUCUGAAAAAAGAUUUUGCUAGAUGUUUUAAUAAUGUAACUUAUAGAGUAUUUGAUGAAGCUGAUAGAUUGUUAGAUAUUGGUUUUGAACCAAGUUUAAACAAAAUUAAUGACUUAUUAUAUGAAAAUAGAGUAAAUCCAGAUCCAAUUAAAUCAUUGUUGUUUAGUGCAACAGUAGAUGAUAAAAUAUCAAAUUUUUCCAGAAAUAAUAUUGGACAAGAUUAUACUUUUAUCAAUACAGUUUCAGAUUCUGAACCUGAAGUUCAUGAAAAUGUUAAACAAACGUUAGUUAAAUGUGAUACUCAAACUGAUAAAUUGAACACUUUGUUCAAUUAUUUAUUUAAUACCAUGAAAGAACAAGAUAAAUUUAAAAUUAUGAUUUUUGCACCUACUAAAUCAGGUGUUCAAUGGUUAACUGAUUAUAUUGAACAAAUCAAAAAUAGUGAAUUAAAUGUUCAUUCAGAUUUUGAAUUAUUACAAUUGGCAGGUAACUUAACUGCUGGUGCAAGAACAAGAAAUUUAUCAAGAUUUAAAAGAUCAAAUAAAGGUGUUUUAAUUACAACUGAUGUUGCAGCUAGAGGUAUUGAUGUAAAAGGUGUCACCCAUGUUUUCCAACCAUUUGCAUCACCUGAAGUUGCUGAUUAUGUUCAUAAGGUAGGUAGAACUGGUAGAGCUGGUCUAAAAGGUGAUGCUAUAUUAUUUUUAGGUGACGCAGAAACUAGAUUUGCUAAUUUAUUAAAAAGACAAAGAGGUGUUGAAUUUGCAGAGCUAGUUGAAUCUCAAAAUUUAGAACAUCAAAUUGAUUUUAUUGGAAAUGUUAAAGCAAGUCCUAUUUUAACUGAAGAUUAUAUUGUCAGAUUUUUUGGAUAUAUAACACAAUUAAAACCAUUGAGAGUUAUUGAUAUAGAUCAAAUUAUACAAGAAACUUGUGAAAUGUAUAGAACAAUUAUGCAAGAUCCAUCAUUGAGAGUUUCACAAGGUGUACUUAAUCACAUUGGUGAUGUUUCAAGUAGAUUAAGAAGAGAAUAUUUUACUGGUGGAUUUAGAAACUACAAUAAUAAUAGACAAAGAAGAGAUCAGGAUGAUUUUAAUAGCCGUGGUACUUUCUAUAAAAAAAGUCGUGAUUUUAGAAGUGAUUUCAGAGGUAGUUCCAGAGCCGAUUCUAAAUCUGAUUUUAGAGGUGGUUCAAGAGCUGAUAAACGUUUUAGAUUUUAA